UAUAAUUUUUUUUUUAUUACUGUAACCUCGCAAAGCUAGCCUAGCCAGGCAGCCCCAAAAAAGAGGUGUACCCGAAUUCCGUCUACCCACCUUUGCCCAUUCAAUUCAUUCUCCAUAGUCUUUAAACGUUUCCCUGUUUGGGUCAGCUCGUCAUGGUUUUUUGGGUUUUUUUUUUUGUAUUUCAUAUCGAGUCCUAGAAAUCUCUCCCGCCAAUUGAGUGACACAACCUAAUUCUAUAGGCGGACACCAUCCUCAGCACUUGUUCAGCACCAAACGAAGACACUGACAAUUAGCUGGCCGUCUGCUGUAUUGUCCUUGGCGUAGUCUAUUGCCGGAAUAUCAACACCCGCGGAUAAGGCGACUGACUGCGAAGAGUCGGCUAUUGUUAUCGUGUGGAUUGCGUGUCUGUACGGUACUUGGAGAUACAGAUAUAACGGACAGCGCAUACCAUCACAACCUCCAACAGCUCGACACAACCCCAGACGGGAAAUAUUUCCAACAUCACGAAUCACGAACCACGAACACGAAAACCACUACGUAAACCCUAGAGCAGCUGUCGUUCCAGAUCAGGUUGCACCGUCGUCAACCUCGUCCUCGCCGUGCCACCGUCCGAGCUUCUUCCCAACCUCGAUACGAGACCACCCAUUUUAACGCGCGCCCAGCCAUAUAUUUUACCAGCUGAAGACAGCAUCGCAUCGUUACCAACUGGGCUUCAGGCCAAUCGCCCAACAUGCCCGAAGCCGACAUGGCCGCCGUGGCGCAGGGCGCAGGUAAUAACUCGAGCGACUUUGUUCGCAAAUUAUACAAGAUGCUAGAGGAUCCGGCCUACAGUGAGGUAGUCAGGUGGGGCAACGAAGGCGACAGCUUUGUCGUUCUCGAGAAUGAGAAAUUUACCAAAACUAUAUUACCAAAACAUUUCAAGCAUAGCAACUUUGCGAGUUUUGUUCGACAACUUAAUAAAUACGACUUCCAUAAAGUACGGCAUAAUGAAGAAAACGGACAAUCCCCAUAUGGCGCAUCUGCGUGGGAAUUCAAACAUCCCGAGUUUCGGGCUGAUAGGAAAGACAACCUCGAUAAUAUCCGACGAAAAGCCCCGGCACCUAGGAAGGCUCAGGCCGCGGAGGAGCAGUUCGGGGUUUCUAACCAACAAGUCCUUGUUCUUAGCGAGACGCUGGCCGCCACACAGCAGCAGGUCCAACAACUUCAAGAAUCGUAUCACGAGAUUGUGAAUGCGAAUAAGAUCUUCGUAGAUGAAAUACUUCACCUACAGAAGCUAGUCCGUGCGCAGAACCAGGUGCACAACGAACUCAUCAACCAUUUAAACAAGGCCGAACAGGAGAGGAAAGACACUCGAAAUCCAGGUCACUCAGCAGGCGGAUAUUCUUCUAACACCUCCAAUCUCUUGUCAGACGGCUCCGAGUCGCCUCUCGAGCUACGCCGGGCCCGCGAUAUUCUAAACAGCCUCCAGGUAGAUCACGUUGCAGAUCGGGAUCUGAAUCGAAUGUCUGUUCAAUUACACCAAGUAGGCGGUUCUCCCGAAUCCGCUGGAUCUUCGGGGAUGAUGGGACCGCCUGGCGUAGGUGGUGUAAAUCCAUUCCUGCAUGACCCUCUGAAUGACAUGCGGCAUCUUGUAUACCCCGUUGGUCAAACAGUAGGUAUAGAUCCCUUCGCUGCCGAACAUAUUAACAACCUUCCGUAUAAUCGGCCGGUACAGGACAAUGCGAUGGGUCCUGGCCACGAAUUUAACGGCCCAGCUAUGCACUCGCAAACCCCUCCGGGAGCUGCGUCGCAAGUUGGUUCACCUUGGGGGUCUAAGAAACCCGUCGUCCUUCUCGUGGAAGAUGAUAGAACGUGUUCUCGAAUCGGCUCUAAAUUCCUUGCCCAGUAUGACUGUGGUGUAGAGAUAGCACGCGAUGGUCUCGAGGCUGUGAACAAAGUCAAUGCGAAACAGCAUUAUUACGACCUCAUUUUCAUGGAUAUCAUCAUGCCGCAGUUGGACGGUGUCUCGGCAACUGCCAUGAUCCGCGAAGUACAGCCCAAUACGCCAAUUAUUGCCAUGACUUCCAACAUCAACCAGCAAGAUCUCGAGACGUACUUCCACUGGGGUAUGCGGGACGUGCUUGCUAAACCAUUCACUAAGGAGGGAAUGAUUGGUAAGCUCAGGAAGCAUCUUGCCAAUUUCUUGCGGAAUCCUCCUCCGGAGAGUAUGAUGGACUCGAUGUAUCCAAAUGGAGCUCCGGGUCAGCCACCGACACCUGGUCCGUAUUCAAACCAGGGUAUGGGAAUGGCGCCAUUAUCGGCGGCAUCAUCUGGCCCCGUUGGGAAGUUUGACACUACCCCGAUACAAUCGCCAGCCACGAGUGCUUCGUGGCAUUCCCCGGGUCAGAUACCGCAUGCUUCGCCGACGAUGGGCCAGGACCAAGGGUAUCUCGGCGCAGGUGGUGGUUCGCAGAUGGUAUUAACGCCAGGCGGGACUCAGAAACCGCAGUAUGCGAAUACCAUGAUACCCCAAAUGGGCGUACCCCCUCCGCAAAGGAUGCCUGACGGUAUGCAGCGCUCGGACGGGCCCCCGGAGAAGCGACAGCGACUGUACGCGCCACAGACGAAUUACAAUCAAUAAUCGCUCCUUUGGUAAUUUCCCGUCGAUAUCUCGAUUCCAACUUGUAUAUAUUCCCAGCAUAUUUUGGUCAUUCUGUUACCAGGCCCACUUGAAAUACGGUUGUCGGUGUGUCAAAGAAACGAGGUGCCAUUGGCGUCGGUAUCGUUGCAUAUCUUAUGCAUGAGAAGCAUCUGGCUGGUUGCUGUGUCAAGUCUGUUUGCCGCAAU